CUUCACGAGGUCCUGGAAGAAUAUAAAGAAGGAGCUGCAAAAUUUAUAGGUAUGCCAGAUGCGGUGCUGUACUGCUCCCUUCACGACCCGGUCACUCCCUGUCCAUCUGGCUACAACACAAACAAGAUAGUGUCCCUGUGGGGAAACUCGGGGCGCAUGGAAAUGACAGCUUCCAAGUUCAUGGACAUACAGCGGGCCAUCCAGCCAGACUGGUUCCAGUGCAUCUCUGAUGGAGACACCAUUGCUGGAGAAGUUGGUAGAAAAAGAGCUAAGAAGUCUGUGGAUAGGUCACUUUCCUUCCUGGACGUAUGCCUUCAGCUGCUAGAGAAAUCACCGGAACUACAAGGAAGUGUAAUGUUUGGGGCAAUUGAAGGUGGAGAUAUCUUGGAAGAGAGGCUCAGAUCAGCCAGGGAGACUGCCAAGCGACCUGUGGGUGGCUUUCUGCUAGAUGGCUUCCAGGGAUGUGCCAUGGCCAAGGAGACCAAGUUGAAACUGAUAGCUUCUGUCACAGCAGAGUUGCCAGAGGAUAAACCAAGAAUCAUCCAUGGUGUAGGCAAACCAGAUGAGGUGCUUGAGUGCAUUGAGAGGGGAGUGGACAUUUUUGAGAGUUUCUUUCCCUUCCAAGUGACAGAGCGAGGCUGUGCUUUGGUUUUCAGUUAUGACUGCCAUCCAGAUCCUGAAGCAGCAGUUUUAGAACAAAAUGGGGCUCAGGACCUGGAGAAGAAUGGUGCUGAAGACCAGGAUGAAAUCUCCAAAACUGAUCCAGAAAUGACACCAUUUGAGAUAUUUCUGAAGGACAAAAGAUAUCAAGAUGAUUUUCGCCCUUUGCUGGAAGGAUGCACCUGUUACUGUUGUCAGAGGCAUACUCGUGCCUACAUCCAUCACCUCCUUGUGACCAAUGAGCUGUUGGCCGGUGUCCUGCUCAUGAUGCACAACUUCCAGCACUACUUCAGUUUCUUCAGUGCCAUACGGGAUGCUUUAAGAGACAAUAAACUGGAUCAGUUGAAAAAGCUUGUCUUCAGGCAGGCACUUCAAGGCCCAGCAAGUGCGAAGCCAGGCCAGUGA